AAUGGGAGUGGUGCUAGAAUCCUGUCUUCUCACUCCAGGUACUGAGACAACACUUGGACUCAGUUCAUAUCAGCAGAAAAGUAUAUCUCUGUACCGGGGUAGUUGCAGACCUAUACGAUUUGAGCCACCAAUGCUGGAUUUCCAUGAACAGCCAGUUGGAAUGCCAAAAAUGGAAAAAGUUUACUUACAUAAUCCUAGUUCUGAGGAAACUAUUACUUUAGUAUCAAUAUCUGCUACCACAUCACAUUUUCAUGCAUCAUUUUUUCAAAAUAGGAAAAUUCUUCCAGGAGGAAAUACAUCAUUUGAUGUUGUUUUUCUCGCGAGAGUCGUGGGGAAUGUAGAAAAUACUUUAUUUAUUAACACAUCUAAUCAUGGGGUGUUUACUUACCAGGUAUUUGGUGUUGGAGUUCCAAAUCCCUAUCGACUAAGGCCAUUUCUUGGGGCCAGAGUCCCUGUGAAUAGCAGUUUCUCACCCAUAAUAAACAUACACAAUCCUCACAGUGAGCCUUUACAGGUUGUAGAAAUGUACUCCAGUGGAGGAGAUCUUCACCUGGAACUUCCCACAGGUCAGCAAGGAGGUACCAGAAAACUGUGGGAAAUUCCACCUUAUGAAACCAAAGGAGUGAUGAGAGCCAGUUUCUCAUCUCGAGAAGCCGACAACCACACAGCCUUCAUACGAAUCAAGACAAACGCUUCAGAUGGCACGGAGUACAUCAUCCUUCCCGUGGAGGUCGAAGUUACCACAGCUCCUGGAAUUUAUUCUUCAACCGAAAUGUUAGAUUUUGGUACACUACGAACACAAGAUCUGCCAAAAGUUUUAAACCUUCAUUUAUUAAAUUCAGGAACAAAAGAUGUACCAAUAACAAGUGUCCGACCGACACCACAAAACGACGCCGUAACUGUGCACUUUAAACCAAUUACGUUAAAGGCUUCAGAAAGUAAAUACACUAAGGUCGCAAGUAUUAGUUUUGAUGCAUCAAAGGCAAGAAAAACGUCUCAGUGUUCCGGGAAAAUAACUGUUAAAGCAAAGGAGAAGAGUUACUCCAAACUCGAAAUACCCUAUCAGGCAGAAGUUUUAGAUGGUUAUUUGGGAUUUGAUCACGCUGCAACAUUAUUUCACAUUCGAGACAGUCCUGCUGAUCCAGUGGAAAGGCCAAUUUAUCUUACCAACACUUUCAACUUUGCGAUCCUCAUUCAUGAUGUUUUGCUACCAGAAGAAGCCAAAACAAUGUUUAAAGUUCACAACUUCAGCAAACCAGUCUUAAUUCUUCCAAAUGAAUCGGGGUACAUUUUUACCCUGUUUUUCAUGCCAUCCACAUCAUCUAUGCACAUAGAUAAUAAUAUUUUACUUAUUACGAAUGCAUCUAAAUUUCAUUUACCUGUACGGGUGUACACAGGCUUUUUAGAUUACUUUGUGUUGCCCCCCAAAAUAGAGGAGCGCUUCAUAGACUUUGGCAUACUGAGCGCAGCAGAAGCAAGUGAUAUUUUAUUUGCAAUUAUAAACAGCAAUCCAAUUGAGUUGGCUAUAAAAAGUUGGCAUAUCAUAGGAGACGGUUUAUCAAUAGAGCUUGUAGCUGCAGAAAGAGGCAAUAGGACUACAAUUAUUUCAAGCCUUCCAGAGUUAGAAAAAUCCUCACUAUCAGACCAAUCAUCAGUAAUAUUAGCUUCAGGCUAUUUUGCUGUAUUCAGAGUCAAACUUACUGCAAAAAAACUAGAAGGGAUUCAUGAUGGAGCCAUACAGAUCACAACAGAUUAUGAGAUCUUAACAAUUCCUGUGAAGGCUGUGAUUGCAGUGGGCUCCCUUACCUGCUUCCCAAAGCACAUGGCUCUCCCACCUACCUUUCCAGGGAAGGUAGUCCAUCAAAGUUUAAAUAUCAUGAAUUCCUUCUCACAGAAGGUAAAGAUACAGCAAAUUCGUUCUUUGUCAGAAGACGUGCGAUUUUACUACAAACGAUUACGGGGCAACAAGGAAGACUUGGAGCCGGGAAAGAAAUCAAAGAUUGCAAACAUUUAUUUUGAUCCUGGACUGCAGUGUGGGGAUCAUUGCUAUGUUGGCUUGCCUUUUCUAUCCAAAUCUGAAGCCAAAGUGCAGCCUGGUGUUGUCAUGCAGGAGGACCUCUGGGAGGCUGACUGGGACCUGCAUCAAAGCCGCUUCAAAGGAUGGAUGGGGCUAAAGGAGAGUUCCGGUCACAGACUGAGCGCUGUAUUUGAAGUAAAUACAGACCUUCAAAAAAAUAUAGUAUCAAAAAUCACUGCCGAGCUCACCUGGCCUUCUGUCCUUAGCUCACCCCGGCACUUGAGAUUUCCACUCACCAACACAAACUGCUCAUCGGAAGAAGAGAUCACUGUGGAAAAUCCUGCCGAUGUUCCCGUCUACAUUCAGUUUAUUCCUCUGGCUUUGUAUUCCAGCCCUUCAGUCUUUGUAGAUAAGUUAGUAUCAAGGUUUAACUUGAGUAAGGUGGCAAAGAUAGAUUUGAGAACACUAGAAUUCCAAGUCUUCAGAAAUAGUGCUCUUCCACUGCAGAGUUCAACGGGAUUUACCGAAGGCGUCUCUCGACAUUUCAUUUUAAACCUAAUUUUAAAACCUGGAGAGAAGAAAUCUGUCAAAGUAAAGUUCACUCCAGUUCACAACAGAACUGUCUCUUCACUAAUCAUAGUCAGAAACAACCUGACUGUAAUGGAUGCUGUACUGGUUCAAGGACACGGGACAACCGAGAACCUGAGGGUGGCGGGCAAGCUGCCAGGUCCCGGAAGCUCCUUACGCUUUAAAAUCACAGAAGCAUUAUUAAAAGAUUGUACAGACACUUUGAAACUAAGAGAACCAAAUUUCACGUUGAAAAGAACGUUUAAAGUAGAGAACCCGGGACAACUGCAGAUUCACGUCGAGGCCAUUGAAAUCAGUGGGUACUCCUGUGAGGGCUACGGCUUUAAAGUUGUUAACUGUCAGGAGUUUGCACUGAGUGCCAACACUUCUAAAGACAUAAUCAUAUUGUUUACUCCUGAUUUCACAGCUUCCAGAGUUAUUCGCGAACUGAAGUUUAUAACAACAAGCGGCUCUGAAUUUGUGUUUAUACUGAAUGCAUCCCUUCCUUACCAUAUGUUAGCAACCUGUGCAGAAGCUCUGCCCAGACCCAACUGGGAGCUGGCUCUGUACAUCAUCAUCUCAGGAAUAAUGAGUGCCCUCUUCCUUCUGGUCAUUGGAACAGCCUAUUUGGAAGCUCAAGGGAUUUGGGAGCCAUUUCGGAGGCGACUGUCCUUUGAGGCCUCCAACCCGCCCUUUGAUGUGGGAAGGCCAUUCGAUCUCAGGAGAAUCGUUGGUAUUUCAUCUGAAGGAAACUUGAACACGCUCACCUGUGACGCUGGUCACAGCAGGGGGUUCUGUGGAACUGGCGGCUCAUCAUCCAGACCCAGUGCAGGGAGUCAUAAGCAGUGUGGCCCGUCAGUCCAUCCACACAGCAGCCACAGCAAUAGAAACUCAGCUGACGUGGAAAGCGUCAGACCCAAAAACAGUUCCAGUACCUCUGGCAGGACUUCUGCACAAGCAGCUUCCUCACAGUCUUCUGGCAAAACCAGCCCCCUUGUCUUAGAUUCAAACGCAGCGCCCCAGAGCCACACAGCGGGCAGGAAGUCCAGAGGGGCCAAACAGAACCAGCAGAGCAGCCAGCACCAUGUCCACAGCCCGCUGGAGCCACACCCUCCACCUCCGCCAGCACCGACAGUGCCUCAGCACCAGGAGCCGCAGCCCGAGAGGCUGUCUCCCACCCCCCUCGCACACCCUGCCCACCCAGAACGUGCCAGCAGCACAAGGCACAGCUCAGAGGACUCAGACAUCACCAGUCUCAUAGAAGCCAUGGACAAAGACUUCGACCACCAUGACUCCCCGCCCCUAGAAGUGUUUACAGAGCAGCCUCCAUCACCAUUGUCAAAAAGCAAAGGGAAAGGAAAACCUCUCCAACGCAAGGUUAAAACACCUAAAAAGCAAGAAGACAAGGAGAAGAGAGGGAGGGGCAAGGUGCAGGAGGACGAGCUGAAGGACUCCGUGGCGGAUGACGACAGCUCCUCCACCACCACCGAGACCUCCAACCCAGACACGGAGCCACUGCUCAGAGAGGAUACAGAGAAGCAAAAAGGGAAACAAGCCAUGCCUGAGAAACAGGAAAAUGAAAUGUCUCAAGUGAAGCCGAAAAGCAGGAAACUCUUACAUGUCAAGAAAGAAAGCCCAACGGAUGUGAAACCCAGUUCUUUAGAGCUGCCAUAUACACCCACAUUGGAAGGUAAACAACGUAGAAAUCUCCCCACCAAGAUUCCUCUUCCGACUACACUGACGAGUGGAUCCAAAUCACGAAAUUCCCAGAAAACAAAAGGUACAAAUAAGUUACUGGAUACCAGGCCACCCGCCCUGGCCAAAUUCCUCCCCAACAGUCAAGAACCAGGCAACACUAGUAGCUCAGAGGGUGAGAAAGACUCUCCUCCGCCAGAGUGGGAUUGCAUGCCCGUUCACAAACCCGGCAGCUCCGCCGAUAGUCUCUAUAAACUCUCUCUGCAAACUCUCAACGCCGACAUCUUCUUGAAACAACGCCAGACCUCACCGACACCCGCGUCGCCCUCGCCCCCCGCCGCGCCCUGCCCCUUCGUGUCCCGGGGCAGCUACAGCAGCAUCGUCAACAGCAGCUGCGGCAGUGACCCCAAAACAAAGCAGCCAAGUGGAAGCAAACACAAACUGACAAAAGCAGCCUCGCUCCCCGGACAGAACGGCAACCCCACCUUCGCUGCAGUCACAGCUGGUUAUGACAAGAGCCCAGGUGGGAACGGCUUUGCUAAAGUUUCUUCAAACAGAACCGAGUUUUCUAGCAGCCUGGGCAUUUCGCACACUCCCGUUGACAGUGACGGCUCCGACAGCUCGGGUUUGUGGAGUCCCACCAGCAGCCCAGGCAGCCCCGACUUCACCCCCCUCAACUCCUUCUCAGCCUUUGGGAACUCGUUCAAUCUGACUGGCGAAGUUUUCAGCAAACUCGGGCUGUCUCGAUCCUGCAAUCCGGCUCCCCAGAGGGGCUGGAGUGAGUUUAGCAGUGGCCCUUCGUACCUUUGGGAGUCUCCAGCGAUGGACUCCAGCCCUUCCUGGCCAGCCAGCUCAGGCUCCCCGACCACCACCGCCGCAUCCAUUCUCGGCAGCACCAGUGGCCUGUGGUACACCACUCCGUUCAGCAGCUCGAUUUGGUCCAGCAGCCUCAGCAGUGCCCUCCCCUUCACCGCUCCAGCAAACACGCUGCCCGGGAUCGGCCUCAUGGGCCCAGAAAGCUCCCCCGCUCCGCCCACCGCCUCCACCUCCAGCCCAGCCGACGACCUGGGGCAGACCUACAACCCGUGGCGGAUAUGGAGCCCCACAAUCGGGAGAAGAAGCUCCGACCCUUGGUCGAAUUCGCACUUCCCUCAUGAGAAUUGAAAUGAGGCAAAAACAAUAAAAUAAAAAGUGGGGCCCUGGCUAGAUCAUGAUAUGCUGGUUCUGAGACAUCUUUUUCAGGCUCUUACGCUGUAGCUUCCCACUCCCCCCUCCUCGUCUUUGCAAAGCAGACUCAAGCAGGCAGGCUUGUACCACCGCUUCUCUCAGAUCUUUCUUGCAAUUAUGGUAACACGAGAUUUGCUGUUGUGCUUUUCGAGAAAAGUCUGGGCUUAGCCACAAACUCUGAUAAGACCUGUACAUCGGAAAACCUUGACUGUUACCAAGUUUCCACCACCUGUCCUUUUUUCCCCCAUUCUUUAUUUAUCUGUAUAAACAACAAAUUCGACAUUACGGCUAAGGAGAUAAUUUGAGCUAAUUCAGAAGUCCUGGCAUGUGACAAUUUUAUUAAAUUACCAAGUUUGGUUUUUAAUAAUUUUGCAAUAUUAUGCGCCAAGCUCUAAUUUUAAAAAUGUAUAAGGACUUUGUGCUGAAAAUUACAGAGUAUUUUUUUAAAGUAAGGCUGUCAUGGUUUAAAAGCAGAUUACAGGAGUGUAAGUCACCUUUAAGAACAGUGGAUGAAUGUACACACAUUCAGUUGAGACCAUAUGCAUUUUCUGUGCUGUUUGUACUUGAGGUAUGUAACAUUUGUAUACCUGAAUUUAUUUUAAAGAUGAACUGAAAUGCACAUAGCCAAGUCUUGAGAUACAAGAUUGAACGUGCGUUUCUUAAAAAUACAACUUUGCGUUGUACUUUGAAAUAAAUGAUGCUUUUUUCAAAA